AAUAAUAUAAGACAGAUAGGUAGUAGAUGAUAAUCAGUCCUUUUUAUGUUUUGCAAUGUAGAGCUUCAAAUUCAGCAUGAAAAUUAUGAUCUUUCUCCAGGGAGUGAUUUCUUGAAGCACAGUGAAAAUUAAGGGUGAUGUAACUGUUCUUUCUUUAAAUUCUUCUUAGCAGAAACUUAGAAUCUAUAAAAUGGUAGAAAAGCAUAUGUGGAUUUCUAUUGUCACCUUUCAAGAACAUUUCAAAAUAGAACACAAAUAGUGAAGUAGUCAGAGAAAAGAAAUGGCCAACCAAUCCACUUUGACGGAAUUCCUUCUGAUGGGAUUUUCUGAUGCUCACAAUAUGCAAAUUCUGUAUUUUGCAAUGUUCCUUGUCAUUUAUUUAUUAGCCUUAAUUGGAAAUUUCCUUCUUGGUAUUGCUGUGAUCCUAAACCAGCACCUUCAUGCUCCCAUGUAUUUCUUUUUGGCAAAUUUGUCAUUCUGUGAUGUUUGCUUGAUCUCAACUAUGAUUCCUAAAGCUAUGGAUAUUUGUUUGAGAAACAACAGGAGGAUCUCUUAUAUUGGAUGUGUUGCUCAGGUAUUUUCAGUUUUCACUUUUCUAGGUUCUGAGCUUUCCUUGCUGACUGUCAUGGCUUAUGACCGUUAUGUGGCCAUCUGCCAUCCUCUGCAAUAUACACUAAUGAUGAACUGGGAUGCCUGUUUACAAAUGGCAGCUGCUUCCUGGAUAAGCAAUCUGAUCCAUGCUUUGCUGCACACCAUACUCACUUUCAGGUUAAAUUUCUGCAAAUCCAAUAGAAUUGAGCAAUUUUUCUGUGAUGUUCCUCCUCUUCAAAAGAUUUCCUGUACUGACACAAGAAUUAAUCAAAUUCUAAUUUUGGUUAUAUCAGUCAUUGUAGAUUCAUUUUGUAGUGGACUUAUCUUUAUUUCCUAUGGCAACAUUUUCUUAGUUGUGCUAAAAGUCCCUUCAGUUCAAGGCAGAUAUAAAGCUUUCUCCACAUGUAUUCCCCACCUGACUGUCUUUUCUUUAUUUUUGAUCUCUGCUCUCUUUGCAUAUAUGAGGCCCCAAAGUCUAUCCUCCCACACUUGGUAUUUGCUCUCUGCUGUUAUCUACACAGUUUUCCCCCCAUUCCUCAAUCCCCUCAUUUAUAGUUUCAGGAACAAGGACAUCCAAAAGGCUGUGUGGAGAAUUCUAAAAGCCUAAGAGUAAAAGUUUUAUUUAAAUAGGUCUUUUGUCUUUAUUUAUAAGUAUUAUUUGAAUAGGAUAGAACUGUGCAAUACAAAAUUUUCACAUUAGAGCAAUCAUAGGUCUUCCAAAUGCCUAGAUGCUAAUACUAUCAAAAUGAAAGAAGAAUCAGUUAGAUAUAUUAUAUAGAAUUGUCUUAAUUCUAAAAGACUUGUUUAAUGUACUUUUAGGAAGAGGCAUUGGGGUUAAAUGUGUUGGAUUCAUACUGGAUGCAGUAAUGAAAAUGUAGAGUUUAUCAAGAAAUUAAGACUUUUGGAUGUCUUGUAACUAUCAAAGAUUUGGCUUUCUCUACAAUUUUAGAGAGAUAUUGAGUAGAAUUAUUUAUCUUACUUUAUCAAAAUUUACAUGUUGGGUGAAUAGCCAUGCAUUAUCUUGUUCUGAAUAAUAUGAUUCAUUACUUAUGAUUGACAGUUGAAUUUAUAUUUAAUUUUAAUUUCAUAUAAGUACCAAAUAGGUAUUAAUAAUGAUACAUAGUAAAAUACCUCUAUACAUUUAUUUCUGUUGCUAAGUUUUAUCAUCUACAUUAUUAAGCAAUUUUUUUGACAUUUAUCCUUCAGUUGCUUAAUAAUCCUAAUUAUUCACAUAUUUUUUCACAACUUAGAAUUGUAAAACUGAUAUCAAAUAAUACAUUUUAAAAUAUUUUAAUGACAUUUCAAGAAGCAGAUUAUUUUAAAUGUUCUUCACAGAUUUUACUCUGUACUUCCAUCAAGGUAUUGUGAAUGCUGUGGCAAACUGAACUGAAGCCAUUUUCACUUUGUCUUCAUUGCCACAUAGUUAGAUCAGAAGAAGAAAGGGGGGGUGUAAUUUUCAAGGUCAUUGCUGAUAACAUUUUGGCAGGCUGGAGGGCUGGGAGAAGAGCCUGCAUUUUCUAACAAUUAGCGAAUGUGAUUUAUGACAUCUAAUUUGGAUGGGAAUUGCAACUUGCAACUUUGUAACCAACAGGAGGAGAAUUUAAUCUUGGUUUACCUUUGUAUGUGUCAUUAUUUUGUAGCCAAAUAAAAAUGUUCUUAAUUCCUUGC